UCCCCCGAAAGCCCUACCCGAACCCCGAAGGAUCUAACCUGACAAACCCCGAUACCCGACGCCCACCCCCGUGCGGUCAAAACCCCGACCCGGCCUCCGAAACCCUGACUAUUUUUAUGCCAAAAAAAAGUCUUGGCCCGAAGGCUCUACUCCGGCAAAUUCUCUACUCCGGUAGCAACCCGAGCCCCCGAAGGCUUGGGGUGCUACCCUAAUUUAAACUAAUAAAAUAAAAAUAAUUUUUUAAAAUUAUUUUCAGAAUUUUUCUAUAAAUAUUUUUUAUUUUUAAAUUAAUUAUGAAUAUAAUUCCUCUACAAGCUAUUCUUGCCUUAGCGAUGUUUUUGACAACUGCUUUAGCUGGUUUACUUCCGAUUAAAAGAAACCAGACUCGCAGAAUGGAUACUUUCUUUAUUAUCAUGUUUUGCGGGGGUGUAUUUAUGGGAACUUGCUUUCUAGAUAUUUUUCCACAUAUAAAUGAAAACUACGAACGUUUUAUAAUAAAAUCUAAAUGGAAAAUAGAAUAUCCAUUAACACAAUUCUUCGUCUGUUGCGGGUUUUUUCUUGUUUAUUUAUUAGAAGAAUUAAUUUUAAAAAUAUUUUCUUCGUCAGCUUUGCAUGCCGGGCAUUCACAUUCUGCUGGAAAUAAUUCACAUCAUCACAAACAUAGAAGAGAUAAAAUAAAAUGUAGAGAAGAACAUUUAAAAACAUCAAAUAUAGUAAAUAAUAAUAAUAAUUGUAAUAGUGAUGGAAAUGUUUUACAACAAUCUACACAUGUUGUUGUUGUUAGGAGAUCAGACGGCGAAGAGUCUGAUUCAAUUAAUUCUUCCAAACAAUUUAAACAACGUUCAAUAAGUAUAUUAACACAAGAAUAUUUAAAUAACGAACAAGUUGAUGAUAGUUUAUUAAAGUCAAUAACAUUUGCUGUGGCAAUGUCCUUUCAUUCUAUUUUGGAGGGAUUUGCACUUGGAGUUCAAAAUAAUCAAAAAGGCAUAAUGACACUCUUCAUUUCUUUAAUUAUCCACAAAGGAAUAGAAGCAUUCAGUGUUGGUCUACAAAUAACCAGAUCAAACGCCAAAAGAAUGGUUUCAAUAAAUAUUUAA